UAAAUGUCUAGACACUACUAUUUCGAGACUAAUUUUCUUCAAAUACGAUUGCAUCAGAAUUAAUUGUUUCAUUUGAAACAUAUAUAAGUGCUUUAAAAUUUGAAAUGUAAUUGAAUUGGUGCAUAGUAUAUUAUCACGUUUUGUCAGAGAAAUUUCAAUAUACAGUAUCCAAAAAUGUUACGGGACCUUACGCUUGUAGUUUUGACUGUCUUCAUACGCUUUCAGAUGUCUGAUGGACAAAAUGCUUUCGUCAAUAAUGACAAUCCAUUUUCCUUUGGAGCACCAAGUUUCUCAGAUGCUUCAGAUCCAAGUUUCGUACAAGAUUCUAUUUCUUCAGCUCUUUUGAAUAGCGGAAAUAAUUUCCAAAUUCGUACAGAACCAAGUACUUUAUUUUCCCAAGAGGUAUUUCCAGCAUCUGAGCUUUCUUCAUCCAUAAGUUCUACCAAUCAAAACUCUUCUACGGCAAAUCCAUCACCCGUUGAAAAUUUUGUUACUAAAUUUAAUUCAGCAGUAUACAAUUCGAAGGUAUUACCAUAUAUUUUUGACAUUAAAGAACUGUCACCAGAAGCUUUCAGCAAAUUUUUGUAUGAUAAUGUCUUUUCAAGAGGUCCUCAUGUUUUCAGCAGUAAUCCGCAAAAUAUUACCAGUAUAGUAUCCAUACCAAACAUUGACAGAAUAAACACUUACACCCCGCCAAUAUUGUUGGACAUUUACUCCAAUGCUAUCGCCAAGUAUCUUUUCAAUGAAGGAACUCUCGACUUAUCAAAUAUUUCUUUUGCACCCAGGAAAUACGCCAGAAUUUUGGAAAAACGUGCCAAACGCUGCUGGAAAAAGGAAACUCCUGAAUCAAAAUUUUUGGCUCUGGGAGAUGGUUUUAUUGAUUACAUGAGAUCUAUUGACCAUUUCACCACAAAUACAAUGAAUGGUCUUGCAAAUUACUUUGCCAAUGAAGUGCAAAGAGUUGGAAAUAAAUUCUAAUUAUUAUCUGUGAAGACAA